AUGACUAUCUUCUCAGCUCUCCUCAUCAGAAACAUUCCUGAGCCUCCAGAGGAGUCAAGCGACCCAGAGGAAGAUGCUGCGUCAAGAGCAGCAAAGCAAAAGAGCGCGACCCAGGAGGCUAGCGACAUCGCCACCGAUUCCCUGAGGAGGCGGAGAGAAGUGAGUCGCCAGGCACCGGCGACAGCGCACGUCAACAUUCAGGAUAAUUCUCCUCUACAAGCCCCGGAGUUCCGGGGCAGGAGAAAAAGGGGGGACGGGAGACCCACAGUCCCUUUAAACCCCUCACCCCCGUGCCUGCCAAUCUUUUCCGAAUCCCCGUGUCACACAACUUCCUCAUCAUGGAAACUUCCACUCGGUUCGGCGCUGAGGAUGCCAAACUCCAUUUCACAAGGAGCCUGUCAACAGCUGGGCUUGGGGUUUGAGGAACAGAGGCGCUGCGACUGGAAGGGGCCCCCAGCCACCCUGCUCCGCCACUGCCCACGCCGUGGCUCCCCGCCUGCGGCCGCACGGUGCCAAAGCACGAGAGGGCACCUCCUCCCAGAGCCGGGGCGCAGGAACCCCGCGGAGGCAGGUAACCGGGCGCCGACACCCCCCGCCCACCCACGCCCGCCCGCGCGCCCGCGCGCGCUAAGCUUCGGCACCGGCACCUCUCCAGGUUCCUGCGACACCCCGUCACCAUCCCACCCACCCUUCUGGACAGUUGGAACUGUCGCCCUCUCCUCCCUCCCCCCCACCCCCCGCUGCCUCUGCGCGGUCCUCUCGCCAAAUUACCGGUGCCCUCGAGCCGGUUGCGAAGCGACUGUGGCCGCGGCACUGGAGUCCCCGCCUCUCUGGGGCCCCCCGCGUGCCCGGCCCACCCCGGCCCGCUCCCCGGGUGCUGCCUUACUCCGGGCCCGGGACACCUACUCCGCGCCGCGUCUGCGAACCGGUGACCUGGUUUCCCCUCCAGCCCUCCCGGCGGUCCGACUCGCGCGGCGGCGGCGGCCAAGAGCAGGCAAACCCGGCUCCGCCAGGGGCGCAGCGAGGAAAUGGCCUCCUGGCCGCACACCCCGCCGCCGCCGCCGCCGCCACCACCGCCCCGGGCCGCCCAGCGGGUACCGACGCGCCCCCUGCGCCCGGCUCGCUGACCCCCUAGCCCGGGUCCCACGCACAGGCCACCCACGGGCCGGCCGCCUCCGCACCUGCCACCCCAGAUUUCCAGGCGGUUACACAUGUGUUUUAUUCCGGCUUCUUCUGAGUGUCCCACGGAAAGCGGCGAGGGGCACCACCCCUGCCCACAGCAUGAGCAACCACAGCUAUCAGGAAUUCGGCAGCUGUUCCCUGCAUCUGGACGAGCAGGCUUUCAGCGCGCUGCAAGAGAGAAAGUCGCAGAUCUCAAGGCUUUCUGGCGAGAGGGAAGGGCCUGUGCCAUCAGACUCCACGGAAACCGUUUGCGGUUGGUCCUUGAUGGCGAAACUAAGACAUAAGAAGAUCAAAUACUCUGCUCAAGCUGAAGCCAAGGUUCUGGUGGCAGAGGAUGUACCCUUAACCAGCCCAUCAUGCUACCUGUACACGAGAGAGGGAGUCAUGGGGCAGAAAUGUGAGCUGGAAAAUGCUUCCAUGCAGUAUGAAAGAAGGCUUUGUGGCUACUGAGGUUAAAAGGAACAUCAGCAGUGAGAAAUGAUGUUGAGUCAUUCACAUUGUUGCCCUCAGACCCAUUAGUUAACUUCCCUGAGCCCCAGUUUUUUAACCUACAAAAAUGGAGAAAAUCCUCAUUGCUAAGGAGAUGAACUAAAAAUCACACUUUAAAAAUGUUGCACAAAGUGCCUGGAUCUUAGGUGAUCAGUGAAGAUUAGUUUUCCUUUUCUUUUCAAAAAUGAUCUUCCAUUUGAAUGAAGCCACGCAGUUUUAUUAUUGAUGAUGAUGAUAAUAUUCACAUGAGUGGUAGGCAGAAACCUGGUACUGAAUUUCCUCAAUAGAGCAGUGGUGGAAAGAUUAUGGGCUGGGUCUCCAAGCCCCUGCUCCACCGCUUACUCCAUACUUGUCAGAGCUUGGACAGCUUGUUGGCCUAUCAGAAGAAAGACCAUGUGACGAGGAAAGAAAUGACUGCUAAAUGUUGGCUUCUCCAAGCCUCAGUUUUCUCAUCUGUAGCAUGAAUGUAUAGUUUCUUCAUUCUCUACGUCAUGAAAUUGAAUGAUGAAGAUCUAAUGAGGUAACAGAUAUGAAAAAUUUCUCCCAAAUGUAGAACAUUAAAAAAAAAAAAUAACAUAACCCAUUCUUCUCUGGGAAAACCCACAAAUACAAAAAUAGCCACACUGGAAUAAUGUGCCUUAAUCUGAGAAACCACAGACCUUUCUGCAAGCCAGAGGCAAAGACUUAGAGACUUUAUGCCACAAACACAGGGAGAAAUAGACUAAGUGAGAAAGGAUGGACUAAAGCAACAGGUAAAAUGUAAUUAAAUGACAAGAGAAUACACCAGAAUAUGUCCUGGAAGAGAAGAGAACUAACACUCAAAUCAUUAUGAAAAAUAUAAAAUGUUUUAAUUAUUCUGAAGCCCCGUCAAUAUUUCUCAUUUUUUCCCUUUUAUCAUAUUGCUGGAUUUGAACAAAAAAUAAUUUAGAAGAAUAUGUGCUUUAAACUAUCAUCCUAAAAUGCUCAACAUCAUUAGUCAUCAGAGAAAUGCAGAUCAAAACCACCUUGAGAUAUCAUCUCACCCCAGUUAGACUGGCUGUUAUUCAAAAGACCAAGAAUAACAAAUGCUGGUGAGGAUGCAGGGAAAGGGGAACUCUUCUGCAUUGUUGAUGGGACUGUAAAUUAGUACAGCCAUUGUGGAAAACAGUAUGGAGGUUCCUCAAACAACUACAGAUAGAACUACUGUAUGAUCCAGCAAUCCCACUUCUGGGAACAUAUCCAAAAUAAUGAAAAUCAUCACAUAGAAGAAAUACCUGCACUCCCAUGUUCACUGCAGCUGUAUUUACAAUAGCCAAAAUAUGGAACCAACAUAAAUGUCUAUUGACGGAUGACUGGAUAAGGAAAACGUGGAAUAUACAAAAAAUGGAAUACUAUUCAGCCAUAAAAAAGAAUGAAAUUCUGCCAUUUGCAGCAACAUGGAUGAGUCUGGAGAAAAUUAUGUUAAGUGAAAUAAGCCAGACAAGGAAAGAGAAAUACCAUAUGUUCUCACUCAUAACUGGGUGCUAAGAAAGAAGGAAGGAAGGAAGGAAGGAAGAAAUGAAGGAAGUAAGAAAGAAAAGACCAAAACAUAUGUUGAACUUUCAGAAGGAGAAAACAAACCUAAGGAUAGCAGGGUGGGGCUUGGGGAGGGAUAGGUUGGAUAAAGGGCAUAAGGAAGAAAAAUGAUUUGUAAUAAACAAUAUGCUUAUAAUAAAUAAUAAAAAAUUUUAAGAAAAUAAAAACAAAAAGAGAGAGAAAAAAGAUAAACUAUCAUCCUGCUUUAGAGACUGUGCUUUAUAAGCAGAAGGAGAAUAUAUACUUUCACAAGUUAGAGGGCACAUUUAACCAUCAGCUUAUGCACUGUUAGAAAAGGGGAGAACACAUUUCAUGGUGUUUGGUGAUGCCAUAUUCUGAUUCUACAGUAUAUUAAAAUUAAGAAUAACAAAACGAUUUAUAGGAACUAAUGAACAAGUGGUCAAUGAUUCACUGUAAUGGGAAGGCUCAUACACUUGUGCUUCUUAAUGAGACGUGGAACACAAAGGAACAAAUGUUCCCUCUCUUCUAAUAAAAAAGAGGUUGAGUUCCUGUUUUAGGGUUGCUAAGUUCUCACUUUUGGGAAGGAUCAUGAUCCAGUAUGUAAAGUUUAGACUGGUAAAAUCAUUUUUAUUUGUAUUUAUAUUGAAAACAAGGUUCUAGGCCCAGGUGUCGCAGUCUUAGCACUAUUAACGUUCUCGGCUGGGUAAUUCCUUGUUGGGAGGGGCUGUGUUUUGCAUUGCAGGAAGUUGGGCAGCAUUCCUGGCCAGUAGAAGGCACAUCCAACCCUUCCCCCACCCUCUCAGGUUGUGACAACCAAAAAUGUCUUUAGACUUUGCCAAAAUGUCCCCUAGGGGGCAAAAUCAUCCCUAGUUGAGAAUUUCUGUUCUACCUUUUAUUGUCAGAAAAUCUGGAUUUUGCUGCUGCUCCUUACAUGAUUUUCUAGAUUAAG